AUGAGCUCUUUAAAGCAAUUCAUCCGCAAUGUGCGAGCAUCCAAGACCAUUGCAGAUGAGCGUGCGGUUGUACAGAAGGAGAGCGCGGCAAUUCGAGCAAGCUUCAGGGAGGAGAGUGGAGAUUCCAACGUCAGGCGGAACAAUGUUGCAAAGCUGCUGUAUCUCUUCACCCUCGGAGAGCGGACCCAUUUUGGCCAGAUAGAAUGUCUCAAACUCCUGGCUUCACCUCGAUUUGCCGACAAGCGAUUAGGUUACUUGGGCACAAUGUUGCUGUUAGACGAGAAUCAGGAGGUUCUUACGCUGGUCACAAAUUCCCUAAAGAAUGACUUGAACCACUCCAACCAAUACAUCGUUGGACUUGCCCUCUGUACUCUCGGAAACAUUGCUUCGGUAGAAAUGUCCCGAGAUCUCUUCCCCGAAAUCGAAACCCUUCUUUCAACAGCGAACCCAUAUAUCCGGAGGAAAGCUGCCCUUUGCGCCAUGCGGAUAUGUAGGAAAGUGCCAGAUCUCCAAGAACAUUUCCUCGAGAAGGCAGCAACCCUGCUCUCCGAUCGAAACCAUGGUGUUCUGCUCUGUGGAUUGACACUGGUCACAAGUCUUUGCGAGGCAGAUGAGGCUGAGGGAGGAGACGAAGGCAUAGUCGAGAAAUUCAGACCAUUCGUUGGAGGCCUGAUGCGGACGCUGAAGGCGCUUUCCAGCUCAGGAUAUGCUCCAGAACACGAUGUAACUGGCAUUACCGACCCUUUCCUCCAGGUCAGAAUUUUGCAGCUAUUGCGAGUCUUGGGCCGCGGAGACGCACAAACGAGCGAACAGAUCAACGACAUUUUAGCCCAGGUUGCCACGAAUACCGACUCUUCGAAGAAUGUGGGGAAUUCGAUUCUUUAUGAAGCAGUCCUUACCAUUCUAGACAUCGAGGCGGAUUCCGGUCUUAGAGUUCUCGGUGUUAACAUCCUAGGAAAGUUCCUCUCGAACCGGGAUAACAAUAUUCGAUAUGUUGCGCUGAAUACCCUCAUAAAAGUUGUAGCGGUCGAGCCAAAUGCAGUCCAGAGACAUCGAAAUACCAUUCUCGAAUGUCUACGUGAUCCUGACAUCAGUAUCAGGAGACGAGCACUUGAUUUGAGCUUUACUCUUAUCAAUGAAAGCAAUGUUCGACUACUGAUCCGAGAACUCCUGGCCUUCUUGGAAGUUGCAGACAAUGAAUUCAAGCCCAUUAUGACCAGUCAGAUUGGCAUUGCCGCGGAUAGAUUUUCUCCCAACAAGCGAUGGCACGUUGACACAAUGUUGAGGGUUCUUUCUCUUGCAGGAAACUACGUGAAAGAGCAAAUUUUAUCAUCGUUCAUCAGAUUGAUUGCAACAACCCCGGAAUUGCAGACAUAUGCUGUACAAAAGUUGUAUGCUGGUUUGAAGAAGGAUAUCACUCAGGAGAGUCUGACACUCGCUGGAGCGUGGUGUAUUGGGGAAUAUGGCGAUGCUCUAUUGCGAGGUGGGCAGUAUGAGGAAGAAGAGCUGGUGCAGGAGGUCAAACAAAACGAGGUAGUGGAUCUUUUCUCAACUAUCUUGAGCAGCAGCUAUGCGACACAAAUCGCCACGGAGUAUAUCGUCACAUCGUUGAUGAAACUGACAACUCGGUUCACGGACCCCGCACAAGUUGAUAGAAUCAGACGGAUACUGCAAAGCAACUCGGCAAGUCUGGACGUCGAAGUUCAGCAACGAGCUGUGGAGUAUGGCAAUUUAUUCGGCUAUGAUGCGAUCAGGAAAGGUGUUCUGGAAAAAAUGCCACCACCUCAAAUCAAGGAAGAGUCCAGAGUCUUGGGCGAGGCUACUAAGAAGCCGAGCAAGGCCACCAACAGGAAGUCCAAGGUCGUCAAACCUGCGGAACAAGAUCUAUUGUUCGACCUUAUGGGAGAUGGUAGCGCGCCUACGGAUCUGGGGACGAAUGGCUCCCAAAACAACGCUGACCUAUUAGCCGAUAUUCUUGGCGGAAGUAACUCACCCCCUUCCACUUCACCAGCACCUCAACAAUCAAACAUGAGUUCCAUCAUGGACCUCUUCGACAACUCUGGCCCAUCAAACUCCCCCGCUCCUGCUGCACCUACAUCUAAUGAUCUCUUCUCCGGCAUGUCAUCCCCUCCACCACAACCAGCACCUGCAAGCAUCCCAGCACACCCAUGUUACGACAAAAACGAUCUGAAUAUUACGUUACAACUACAACGUAACGCGGAAGGUACGAUCCAGGUAAUGGCACGGUUCAGGAAUACGUCAAUGCAUCAGUCCGUUUCGAAUGUUGCUUUGCAAGCCGCAGUACCAAAGACCCAAAAGUUGCAAUUGAAUGCGAUGUCGAAUGCUGAACUAGCGCCGGGAUCAGAAGCGACUCAGACAAUGAGAAUAACUGGUAGUAAAGGACCUCCACUGCGCUUGCGAUUAAAGAUUGCGUACAUGCAUCCAUCUUCGGGACAGGUCACAGAUCAGGUGGACUGGUCAGAACCAAGAUAA